GUUGUUGGUGGCCCCACCACCAUGAUGAACGGUCACAUCGGCACCCAUUUCACGUCGAAAAACAAUUUCGAAAACUAUAGCACGUCGAAGGACACAUAUUUGUCGAUACCACAAUUCUAUGCCGGCCGCAGUGUAUUCAUAACCGGUGGUACCGGUUUUAUGGGAAAGGUCUUGGUUGAAAAACUUCUACGUUCUUGUCCAGACAUAAAAAAUAUAUAUUUACUGAUACGACCCAAACGAGGACAUGAGGUAUCACAGCGUCUCAAUGAACUGCUGGAGGCACCGCUUUUUGAAAAAUUAAGAAGAGAAAAACCAAAGGAUUUGAGUAAAGUAAUUCCUAUAUCAGGCGAUAUAACAUCCGAAGAAUUGGGUAUAUCCGAAAGUGAUCAGGCUCUAUUGUGUCGCAAUGUUUCGAUUGUAUUCCAUUCAGCUGCCACUGUUAAAUUCGAUGAAAAGCUCAAAUUAUCAGUUACAAUCAAUAUGUUAGGGACAAAACGUUUGGUUGAAUUAUGCCAUCGUAUGAUGUCCUUAGAUGCACUAAUUCAUGUAUCCACUGCCUAUUGCAAUUGCGAUAGAACCGAAGUAUCUGAAGUUAUAUAUGCACCACCCUAUAAUCCAGAUGAUAUUAUUUCCUUAGUUAAUUGGCUUCCGGAGGAUACACUCGAUAAGCUUACCCCCUCAUUGAUUGGUGAUCGUCCAAAUACUUAUACAUUUACAAAAGCCUUAGCUGAACAUAUGCUACUCAAAGAGGCCGGUAAUCUUCCAGUUGCCAUUGUGAGGCCAUCUAUAGUGACUGCCAGCUUAAAUGAACCCUUUGCCGGUUGGAUUGACAAUUUAAAUGGUCCCACCGGCCUCUUAUCGGCCAUGGCCAAGGGCAUCUUCCGCACAAUUGUCUGUGAGGAGAAUUGCAUUGCCGAUGUGGUACCUGUUGAUAUUGUGAUUAAUUUGAUGAUAACGGCUGCAUGGCGCACAGCAUCACACAAAACGGAUAAUUUAUUAAUUUAUAAUUGUUGUACCGGCCAAAGACAUCCCAUUACGUGGGGUAAAUUUGUUAACUAUGCCGUUGAUCAUGUGCGCAAACAUCCAUUGGAGGGUUGUGCCUGGUAUCCUGGUGGCUCGCUACGCAACAGUCCCACAAUAAAUGCUGUCAAUGCUUUUGUUGUACAUUAUAUACCAGCCUAUAUAUUAGAUGUAAUGGCGCGAUUAGUUGGUAAAAAACCAAUCUUUGUCAAAAUCCAAAACAAAAUCGCCAAAGCCGUUGAAUGCUUGAAUUAUUUCGCCACCCAUGAAUGGCAAUUCAAGGACGACAAUGUGUGCGCUUUGCUACAGACUCUCAGUCCAAAGGAUCGCGAUAAUUUUGUGUUCGAUGUUACCACAAUUAAUUGGGAGAAAUAUAUGGAACGAUAUGUGUUGGGCUUUAGAGAAUUCCUGUUCAAACAGAAACCACAAUCAUUACCUGGUAGUCGGAAAAAGAUGAUGAGAUUAUAUUAUAUCGAUCUAUUAACAAAAGUUUUUAUGGUCAUUUGUACUUGGCGUUUCCUGAUGUCACGUUCAAAACGUUUGAAUGCCGUGUGGUCAUCAUUUUUACAAAAUAUAUUGAAAUUUGUGCGUCUAUUGCCAUUUUUGUAAUAUAAUUUAUAUUUAGACAACCAUAACCAACAACAACAACAAUAAUUGCAA